GUUUACUCGGUCAAGGUGUAUCUGGUGUUGUUCCAGAUGGAGUGGCAGUGAAUGUGAUGGAGGGAGAUUCAGUCACUCUAAACACUAGCGUUAAAACAAACCAACAAGAAAAGAUUAGAUGGUAUUUUAAUGCAAGUCGCAUUGCUGAAAUCAGUGGAGAUCUCAGUCAUAUCUGUAGAGAUGUUCAGUGUAAUAAAGGUACUGAGAGAUUCAGAGGCAGACUGAAGCUGGAUCAUCAGACUGGAUCUCUGACCAUCACAAACACCAGAACCACAGACUCUGGAAAUUAUCACCUAAAAAUCAGCAACAGUAACAACAGCGACAGUGGCAAGACCUUCAUUGUUGCCUUCCAUGGUGUGUCUGGUCUCAGUCCAGAUGGAGUGUCAGUGUUUGUGAUGGAGGGAGAUUCAGUCACUCUACACACUGAUGUUAAAACAAACCAAGAAGACAGAAUCAGAUGGUAUUUCAAUGACACUCGCAUCGCUCAAAUCACUGGAGAUCUCAGCAAGAUCUGUACAGAUGUUCAGUGUAAUGAAGGUACUGAGAGAUUCAGAGGCAGACUGAAGCUGGAUCAUCAGACUGGAUCUCUGACCAUCAUGAACAUCACAAACACAGACACUGGACAUUAUAAACUAAAGAUCAGCAGUAGAAACAACAAAGAGAGUAUCAAGACCUACAUUUUUGCUGUUCAUGGUGUUUUUGCUGCGGACAGAGAUGAAAUGAAGAGAAAGUCAGUGAAGGAGGGGGAAUCUGUUACUUUAGAUCCUUGUGAAGUAAAAAACCCAAAUGAUUUGAUGAUGUGGUAUUUUAAUGACAUUCCUAUGGCCAAAAUCAAUAGAGAUCUCAGUUAUAUCUGUACAGAUGGUCAAUUUAGGGAGAGAUUCAGAGACAUACUGCAGCUGGAUCAUCAGACUGGAUCUCUGACCAUCACAAACACCAGAACCACAGACUCUGGAGAUUAUAAACUACAGAUCAACAGCAGCAGAUUCAGCAUCAUCAGGAGCUUCAGUGUUACUGUCACUGAUGUUACUGUUACUGCUGUUUCAGAUCCAAGGCCACCUUCAGCUGCUGCAGCAGAAAUAAGUGCUGCUGUUAUUGGGUGUGUUAUUGGUGCUCUGCUGGUGGCUGGUGUGAUUUACUACCUCUACAGAAGAUCUACACAAGCAACACAAAAUGGCAAGUAUUAUAUUCCAUUGGACGAUGCUGCUAAUGGGACGGCCCAUGAUCCAGCCUUCAAUACAUUAUUGCCCGCUGAUAAUGGGACGUCCCCUAAUCAGGAUGGUGCUUCAUCAGUGGCUAAUGGGACAUCACAGUUACAUUAA